UUUUUGGGGGGGUAGAAAAAAGACAAGAAAGAGGAACGAAUCGAACAAGUGCGAAGAGGGAGCUCGGAGAGCAGGUGCGACGACGAACCAUGGAGCUCCAGAACACAGUGAAAGACGCCCUCAACGCACUCUACCAUCACCCCGACGACGGCGUCCGCCUGCAGGCCGAUCGCUGGCUGCAGGACUUCCAGCGGACGCUCGACGCCUGGCAGGUUGCUGAUAACUUGCUUCAUGAUGCAACUAGCAAUCUAGAAACUUUAAUAUUUUGUUCGCAGACCCUUAGAAGCAAGGUACAACAAGAUUUUGAAGAACUACAGUCUGAAGCUUUUUGCCCAUUACGUGAUUCGUUAAAUAACUUAUUGAGAAAAUUCCACAAAGGCCCCCCUAAAGUCAGAACUCAGAUUAGCAUUGCUGUGGCUGCUUUGGCUGUACAUGUUAGCACUGAAGAUUGGGGGGAUGGUGGUAUUGUGAAGUGGCUUCGUGAGGAGAUGAAUUUGCAUCCAGAGUUUAUACCAGGAUUUUUGGAGUUACUAACAGUUUUGCCUGAGGAAGUAUUCAAUUACAAAAUUGCAGCUCGCCCGGAAAGACGCCGCCAAUUUGAAAAAGAGCUUACUUCACAAAUGGAGAUUGCUCUAAACAUCCUGACAGCCUGUUUGAAUAUUAAUGAGCUUAAGGAGCAGGUUCUUGAGGCAUUUGCUUCUUGGCUUCGACUGAAGCAUGGGAUCCCUGGAUCUGUGCUUGCAUCCCAUCCAUUGGUGCUCACAGCCCUCUCAAGCUUGAAUUCUGAGCUACUUUCAGAGGCCGCAGUAAAUGUUAUAUCUGAAUUGAUACACUAUACAGCAGCUGGAAGCUCUGGUGGUGUUUCUGUGCAGAUGCCCUUAAUUCAAGUGCUUGUCCCUCAAGUAAUGAAUCUUAAGGGACAGCUAAGAGAUUCUUCAAAGGAUGAGGAAGAUGUGAAGGCCAUUGCUCGCUUAUUUUCGGACAUGGGUGAUUCAUAUGUUGAACUUAUUGCAACUGGCUCACAUGAAUCAAUGUUGAUUGUACAUGCAUUAUUGGAAGUUGCUUCACACCCAGAGUACUAUAUUGCUUCCAUGACAUUCAACUUUUGGCAGAGUCUCCAGGUAAACUUGACCAGAAGGGAAUCGUAUAUUUCGUUUGUGAAUGAAUCUUCCAUUGAAGCUGAGAGAAAUAGAAGGCUGCAAGUUUUUCGUCCAGCUUAUGAGUCACUUGUAUCCUUAGUAAGCUUUCGGAUUCAAUAUCCUCAAGAUUAUCGGGACCUUUCAUAUGAAGAUCUUAAGGAGUUUAAGCAGACUAGAUAUGCUGUUGCAGAUGUCUUAAUUGAUGCAGCAUCAGUUUUAGGGGGUGAUGCAACACUUAGAAUUCUUUACAUGAAGCUUGAUGAGGCUGCAGCUUGCUGUCACAAUGAGCAAAGUGAAUGGCGCCCAGCGGAAGCUGCUUUGUUCGGCAUCCGGGCUAUAUCAACUUAUGUUUCAACAGUAGAAGCUGAAGUAAUGCCCAAGGUUAUGGAUAGGCUGCUAAAACUACCUCAGCAUCCUCAACUACUUCAGACAGUUUGCUUAACUAUUGGAGCAUAUUCAAAGUGGCUUGAUGCUGCAUCCGGCGGACUGUCCAUACUGCCUUCAGUUCUACAUAUCCUCAUGAGUGGCAUGGGUAUAUCUGAAGAUUCUGCAGCAGCUGCAGCUGUAGCAUUUAGACAGAUUUGUGAUGAUUGCCGGUUAAAGCUCUCUGGAUGUUUGGAUGGACUCUUCCAUAUAUACCAUAGGGCAGUGAAUGGUGAAGGCAGUUUUAAGGUCUCUGCUGAUGAUUCACUACAUCUAGUUGAAGCCUUAAGCAAGGUCAUUACUGAACUUCCCCCAGAUCAAGCUAAGAGGGCUUUGGAGGCCUUGUGCUUGCCUGUUGUUACUCCUUUACAGGAAGCUGUCCGCCAAGGCCCAGACACGCUAAAUAGCAAACCUGCUCGUGAUUUAACCGUUCACAUCGAUCGAUUUGGAUACAUCGUUAGGUAUGUGAAUCAUGCAGAAGCUGUGGCAGAUGCAAUUCAAAGACUAUGGCCACUUUUUAAAGCCAUAUUUGAUAUUCGUGCUUGGGAUAUGCCGACAAUGGAGUCUCUGUGCCGAGCUUGCAAAUAUGCUGUGAGGACUUCUGGAAGGUACAUGAAAUUUACAAUUGGAGCAAUGCUGGAGGAGAUUCAAGGUUUAUAUCAACAGCAUCACCAACCAUGCUUCCUCUAUUUAUCUAGUGAAGUUAUAAAGAUAUUUGGUUCUGACCCAUCUUGUGCAAAUUAUUUGAAAAGUUUGAUUGAAGCACUUUUUUUGCACACCACACAUCUUCUCACUAGCAUUCAGGAAUUUACUGCAAGACCUGAUAUAGCAGAUGAUUGUUUUCUGUUGGCAUCAAGAUGCAUUCGCUAUUGUCCUCAAUUAUUUAUUCCAUCUGCUGUAUUUCCAUCAUUAGUAGAUUGCUCGCUGAUUGGGAUUACAGUGCAGCACAGAGAGGCAUCAAAGUCAAUAUUAACGUUUUUAUCCGAUAUAUUUGAUCUUGCAAACUCUGCCGAGAGAAAACAAUACUUACCAAUCAGGAAUUCUGUCAUUAUUCCUCGAGGGUCCAGCAUCACAAGAAUCUUAAUUGCUUCACUAACAGGAGCACUGCCAAGCUCCCGACUAGAACUGGUAACCUACACACUACUAUCUUUAUCUCGAGCUUAUGGGCCACAGUCAGUAGAGUGGGCCAAGGAGAGUGUUUCUUUAAUUCCUUUGACGGCUGUGACAGAAGUUGAGCGUUCGAGAUUCUUGAAAGCAUUGUCAGAUGCUGCGUCUGGGUCUAACUUUAAUGCUCUAUCUGUUCCAAUUGAGGACCUAUCGGAUGUUUGCCGCCGUAAUAGAACAGUUACGGAGAUUGUUCAACAAUCAUUGAGGCCACUUGAGUUGAGCAUAGCACCUGUAUCGUGAAGGAGAGAUUAGUCGUCCUAGAGUGGCCAUUUUGCCAAUGCCUUGCCUGUCGACGGUAAAAUGAGUUGUCUACUGUGUAUUUUUCUCAUAUUGUUUCAGUGUUUUACUUUGAUUCUCCAAUUUUUAAGGAGAUUCAAUGCCCUACACAUGGAUCGAAGAGAGCGGCCGGUUUCUGUAUGAGUGGUUGGUUUCCUUGGCAUUGUCAUUUUUUGGGGUAGGAUGGCAUGGGUAUAGAGUUGUAGAUUACUGAAGGAAAGAAAAAUUUAGGCAUUCUUUAGGAGUAUUCCGUCCUUUCAUGUCGUCAGAUAUCGGAAGCUGUGGUGGUGGUGGCGGCGGUGGUCAGUGGUUGUACAAAUUAUAUUGAAAGCUUCAGUAUAUUGUAAUCCAAACAGUUGCAUUGUUUAGGUUCCGGAGGUUUUUUCAAUUGGUUUCCGAUGCUUUGAAAAAGGAACAAAUUAUAUUGAAAGCUUUCUUUGAUUCA